AUGCGGCAGUCUGCAUUCAGUGCCAUCGACGGCGGCGGCUGCCAGUGUCCCUGCUGUGCGAGCUCACUCUCCGUGCAGGAACGGGUUCUGGACCGGCGCGGGGGCACCACGGAGUCCACCCAGGCUCCCGCAGACGCUGCUCAGCCGGGCCGUGGCUAUCGCGGUUUUACGGACUUUCUCCUGAGCACUUCCGUGCAGGUGGAAACCUGGGUGUCGCUGAAAUUCACGCCCACCCCGCCGUUCUCUGCCGGCGAGCCCGAGCGGCUGGCCCGUGUGCGCCCCUUCCUCUCCGAGGAAGCCGUGAACUCCAGCGACGCCUACUACUUCGGGGAAGACUACCCCGACUUCGCCAACACCUCCUACUACCCGGUGGACGACGGCGCCCUGCUCUGCUCCCUGCAGGAGGUCCGGGACUUCUCCAGGGUGUUCGUGCCCAUCGCCUACUCCCUGAUCUGCGUCUUCGGCCUCCUGGGCAAUACCCUGGUGGUGAUCACCUUCGCCUGCUACAAGAAGGCCAAGUCCAUGACCGAUGUGUACCUGCUGAACAUGGCCCUGGCCGACAUCCUCUUCGUGCUCACGCUGCCGUUCUGGGCCGUCAGCCACGCGGCCGGCGCCUGGGUCUUCAGCGGCGCCCUGUGCAAGCUCAUGAAAGGCAUCUACGCCAUCAACUUCAACUGCGGGAUGCUGCUGCUCACCUGCAUCAGUCUGGACCGCUACGUGGCCAUCGUGCAGGCCACCCGGUCCUUCCGGCUCCGCUCCAGGACCCUGGCGCGCAGCAAGGUCGUCUGCCUGGCCGUGUGGCUCGUGGCCGUCGUCACCUCCAGCUCGACCUUCACCUUCAACCAGAAGUACAAGCUGCAGGGCAGCGAGGUCUGUGAGCCCAGGUACCACGCCGUCUCGGAGCCCGUCCUGUGGAAGCUGUUGGUGCUGGGGCUGGAGCUGCUCCUCGGCUUCUUCGUGCCCCUGCUCUGCAUGGUCUUCUGCUACGCGUUCAUCGUCAGAACGCUGGUGCAGGCCCAGAACUCCAAGAGGCACAAGGCCAUCCGCGUCAUCAUUGCCGUGGUCCUGGUGUUCCUGGCCUGUCAGAUCCCCCACAACGUGGUGCUGCUCGUCACGGCCGCCAACCUGGGCCGACUGGACCGGUCCUGCGCCAGCGAGAAGCUGAUCGGCUACACCAAGAACGUCACUGAGGUCCUGGCCUUCCUCCACUGCUGCCUCAACCCCGUGCUCUACGCCUUCGUGGGCCACAGGUUCAGGAACUACUUCCUGAAGGUCAUGAGGGACCUGUGGUGCGCGAGGAGGAAGCACCAGGCGCUCGGCUUGUCCUGCUCCAGGGUGUACUCGGAGACCUGCCCCGCCAGGCCCGCCAGCGAGACCGUGGACAACGACAACGUGUCGUCUUUCACCAUGUGA